AUGGCGCGUUCUUUGUUGCUCACAGCCCUAAGUCUCGGCGCCGCGGCUCUGCCCGCCUCGUCGGGUUCCAGCAAUAUCAAGAACAUUGUCGUCUUGGUGCAAGAAAAUCUCUCCUUUGACCACUUCGCUGGCGGUCUGGACUAUGAUCCUAGCAUCGAUGGCCCGCAGAACCCUCAAUACUGUAACCCAGCCAAUGUUUCUUUGCCAGACUCUCCCCAAGUCUGCGCCAACCCUAUUGCGAAGAAUAUCGCAUCCGAUGACCCCAACCACAGCAUCUCAGGUGGUAACAUGCAAGUAUUCGGCACCUAUCACCCCGUUUCAGGGGCCCAGCCCGGCAUGAACGGGUUCAUCAGCGAGCAGCGCGCCUCCUACCCCAAGGAUGACCUGGCCCGGGCAGCAGAAGCAAUCAACUACUUCACACCGGACCACAUCCCAGUCUUCAACUCCCUCGCACAAAACUACGUCCUCUUCGACCGCUGGUUCGCCGCCGUCCCAGGCCCAACAAACCCCAACCGUGCCUAUCUAACCUCAGGCACAUCCCACGGACACGGCAAAAACGACGACGAUUUCCUCAACUCCGCCCUGCCUCAAAAGUCCAUCUUCGAACAGCUCUCAGAAAAGGGCAUCACAUGGAAGAACUACGAAAACUCAACACAGUCCAGCCCAGCCUUCUUACCCGAUGCCCUCUUCUACGACUGGACAGCAAAGAACGCAAAGGACAACAUCCUCCCAAUCGACCAAUUCUACACAGACGCCAAAGCAGGAAACCUUCCCCAGUUCACCUGGAUCAACCCAGAAUGCUGCAACUACAUGUCCAUGCACCCGCCCUCCCCAAUUAACAUGGGCGAGAACUUCGUCAAGGGCAUCUACGAAGCUGUCCGCAACUCCCCGCAGUGGAACGAGACCCUAUUCAUCCUAACCUUCGACGAACACGGUGGUUUUGCAGACCACGUCUCGCCGCCCACAGAUGUUCCCGCUGGCGAUAGCUUGACUUAUACUGAAGCUGCCCGAGACGGCGAGCAGUAUACGUUCCACUUUGAUCGGUUGGGAGUUCGCGUGCCGACGGUUUUGAUCUCGCCUUGGGUUGCUAAGGGUGUUGUUCAGCAUGCGCCUGGUUCGGGCAAUGACUUUACUCAUACUUCUAUUAUUAAGUUUGUGCAGGAGCUUUGGGGGCUUGAGAGUCUUUCGCCUCGUGUUGAUUGGUCGCCUUCUUUCGGUGGAUUGAUCACUAAUAGCUUCCGGGAUGAUACCCCUGAGAGGUUGCCUGAUGCGGCGGACUUUUAG